AUGCAGCUCAGCAACCUCUUCUACUACGUCCUCGCAACGGCCGCCGCAGUUUCUGCGAUCCCAACCCCACUAGACGCCAGAUCGCCCCCAACCGACAUCCCCUCUACAAUUCACGGGUUUCCGCCCAAGGACUGGGUUUGCAAAACCAGCCAAACGAAGGACACAACCCGUAAAUUUUCCGCCGACUACAUCAAGCAAAGCACUGAAGCCGGUCUUCGUCUGCGCGACAAUGGCAACAACCCAGCGGGAGGCAGCAAGUACCCUCAGUUCUUCACCAACCCAGAGAGUAUCUCGGGCCUAGAAGACUACAAGGGCCAGACGAAUGUUGAUCAUUUCCCCCUCAACUACGACGAUUCGACAGUGUUUACUGGUGGCUCGCCCACAAGCGAUGCGCGUGUCGUUUACCAGCAUACCAUUGAGUCCGACGAAGCUACAUUCAUCGGAGUCUGGACCCAUGCUGGCAGGAAGGACGGAAAGUUCGAGAAGUGCACUGAGCAAUGA